UCUAGAAUCUCUACAGUAGAGAGAGAAAACGCGUGUAUGUGGACAACUUAGACGCUGAGAAACUCAAUUCAUCAAAAUAAGAUUUGUAUUGUUCUCUCUCUCUCGUCUUUGAGAAAAGAUUAUUCAAUUCAAUUGAGAGCUAUAAAUGCGAGUUGGUUUAUGUACUUUCCUUUCACCUUCUCUUCACGACUAAGCAUACAUAUUAUUCAGCCCUUUAAAAUCUUAUAGGAGUACAUAAUACAUUUAUAUAUAUAGGUGUGUGUGUUUGUGUGUUAUAUGUGUUUGUAUGAUCGUCUCUUUGAAACAAAGCCAAUCUUUGGAUCAAAACACAACCCUUGAGAGAGUUUUUUAAACUUUGUUAAAAUCUAUGGAGUUCUAUGCAUACCCAUCUCAAUCUCUGCCUUCAUCUUCAUCAUCAUCAACAUCUUCAUUUUCGUUUGGGAAUUUGGUCGAUAAGGUUAAAGACUAUUUCAGCUUCGCGGUUUCUGCGAUUAUUGGGAAUGUUGUCUCUGCCAUCUUCACCUUCUUCUUCGCAUUAGUUGGCACCUUAUUAGGAGCCUUGACCGGAGCUCUGAUAGGCCAAGAAACCGAGAGUGGUUUCGUUAGAGGAGCUGCAGUUGGAGCCAUCUCUGGUGCUGUUUUCUCCAUUGAGGUCUUCGAAUCUUCGCUUGUUCUCUGGCAAUCAGAUGAAUCCGGAAUUGGGUGUCUCCUUUACUUGAUUGAUGUUAUUGCAAGUCUUCUAAGCGGUAGACUUGUUCGUGAACGGAUUGGUCCUGCCAUGUUAAGUGCAGUGCAAAGUCAGAUGGGUGCCGUGGAAACAAGCUUUGAAGAUGUCUCCAAUAUCUUUGACACUGGGGGGCCUAAGGGGAUGCCGGGAGAUUCAGUUGAGAAGAUCCCAAAGAUCAAGAUUACUAACACUAACAGCUUAGAUGCUACUGGGGAGAGAGUCUCUUGCUCAGUGUGCCUUCAGGACUUUCAGCUUGGAGAGACUGUUAGGAGUUUGCCUCAUUGCCAUCACAUGUUUCACCUACCUUGCAUUGAUAAGUGGUUGGUGAGGCACGGUUCUUGCCCGUUAUGCAGAAGAGAUCUGUAAUGUGCUUGUUUUUUUUUUUUGUUGUAUAUUACAUGAUAAUUAGAGUUCUUUGAUUGCUAAUACUAGGGUUUCUCUAUUUUGUUCUUUUUACACACACAUUAGUUAUACCAUGUUCCUUGACAACUGCCUUAUGUAAUUAGUUGGAGAGUGACAUAUCAUGAAUUGGGCAUUCUGUAUAAAAUUUUGAGCUGUUUUAGUUUUUUCA